UGCCAGUGAUAAAUGUCACUGGAUAGUGGCCACUUUCCUCCUGUUAUCUGAAGUGGUUAGUGUUGCUGCCUCUAGAUAAUCUCAGGAGUUGUUGAUUCUGGUGACUUCACUCUAGGUGAUUUCCAUCACUUGUCACAUUCGUCAUUACUUAUGCUGAAAUAGCCUCAGUCUGGGACUUUGUCCCCCAUGCUGGGCAGGCAGGGCCUGCUCAGUGCCGGCAUGUGGAGGAGCACCCUGACAGCAUUCCUUCCCGUGGAUCAGCUGCUUUCUUCUACUCCCCAAAUAUCUCAGAGGAGGCAAGAGGAAACAUCCCUCAAGAAAGGAAGUGACUGGCCUCAGGCUGCGAGACCAGUGAGCAGUGUUGGGAGAGCUUCUUGGACAUCCCUUCCUGAACAUGGUGCAUUCUAGGGGCACCUGGAGGCAAGAGGCUCUCGUGUCACCUCCGGCAUUUACUGAUUGUGUAUCUGAGGACGUUAGCCAGCUACUUGUAAGGGGGCUACGCUGAGCCUCCAUGUCCUCAUGCAUGCAGUAUUCACACCGUCAGUGCCUCAAGACUAACACGGCCAUCCCUGCCCUCCAGGAGCUUCCAUUCUGAUGGAGAGAUGGCAGGCAGGGGUGGUCAGCAAAAGAGACGUAUGGUCUUCGAAGCCACAGAGAUGCUCUGCACUCUUCCUUCAGCAGCUCAGAAGAAAAAUAUGGCAUCCUUGAGCAGAGGGGACAGGCUCCUUCAAGAAGAUCAAAAAAGGAUAGUGGCCCUGGAAAAAGCCGAAGCUCUUACAGGCACAUGUCCGGACAUAUGUCCUGAGAAGGAACGCUACCCAAGGGAGAUCCAGAGCCAGCUCAGCCCUUCUGAGAUGCUCCCAGGAACUGACAAGGUAGACCACCCAGCAGCAAUUAAGGAAUGCAGCAGGUCCUCUGCUGGCCUGGAGGAACUUCUGCCCCAUGACCUCAGGCCCUUGGCUGUACUGAAUAUGACCAUGGGUUAUCUUGUCACCCAUAUCCUGGACCAAGAAGAGAGGAAUUACCAGGACUGGUACAGCUUUGUGUGGAGCAGGACCCGUGGGAUAAGGAAGGACAUUCUCCAGCAACACCUCCAUGACCCGCAGACAGUGUCCCUGAUGGAGAAAUGUGCUCGUUUCCACAUUCACUGUGCCCACCACCUGUGCGAGGAGCCCAUCUCCUCCUUUGAUGCUCCCACCAACAAGGCCCAAAUCACCAAAUGCCUUUUUGCUCUGAAGGAGAUGUACUUGGAUCUGGCCAGCGAGGGCAAGUCAAGCAGGAGGGAAGCCGAGUUCCAAGCGUCUGCCAUCUUGCUUGCCCUCGACCAAGGGGACGUGCUCAGACAAGUGCGGCAGCUCCAGCCCCAAGUCCGCAAUGCCCCAGAGGUCAAGUUCGCCCUUCAAGCCUUCACAGCCUUAGACAGCAACAACUAUGUGAGAUUCUUCAAGCUGGUCCGAGAAGCUUCCUACCUGAAUGCCUGUUUGUUACACGGCUACUUCAGCCAGGCUCGAGGUAACGCCCUGAGGGCCAUGACGGCCACCCAUACUGUGAGCUCCCAGAAGACCACAGGCUUUCCCAUGGACCGUGUGGUGGGAUGGCUGCUUUUCAAUGACUCCAGGGAGGCUGUUAGCUUCAUGCACCAUAAUGGCCUGCACGUCUCGGAGGGCUAUGUUGAACUGAACCGGCAAGCACUCAUGGAACCAAAACAACCCUUCAGGCCCAAGAGAUCUAUUUUCAUCUUGGAGAAACUGACCACAUCAGUAGGAGAGGUGGUGAAUGGGGAGAUGCUACCUGCUGCACCUCAGCACAUCCCUGAGAACAGCUUCAGCCCUGGAGGGGAGUACAUUGGAGACCGAGCUGAGAUGGUCAUUGCUAGUUGCUGGAAAAGCACCCACGUGGACAUGGCAGAUAAUGGCAUGAAUCAACAUCUUGGGAAGCUCACUCUUGUUUCACCAUCCAGGCAAAGAACAGAAAAGAGGUUCCUCGAUCCCCAGGAGUCUGUAUCAGCAGCCUCCUUUUCCUUCCUUCCUUUCAUGGACCUGGAGCUUCCCAUCAUAAAGCGGCAGCAUGUUUUCCCAAGGCUGCUUCUCCAAGGAUCAGCAGGCUCACUUCUCAUUUUCCAGCAUCUGGAUAGACAAAUGGCUCCUGCUUAUUUCAAAGCCUCUGAUACUCUAUUUUUCAAUCAGAGGGAAUAG